AUGGGGACAACUCCAUCUUCCCCCUUGGAUUUAACCCUUGCUCACUGGCAGGACGUGCAAGACACGGCGAACAACAACAGUGUGAAUGUCAGGAAGCGUAAGUGGGUGAGAUUUUGCUCCGCAGAGUGGCCAACUCUUAAUGUUGGCUGGCCGGCGGAGGGCACGUUUGAUCUGGCCAUUAUCCAGAAAGUAGAGGAAAUAGUUUUUAGACCCCGUUCGGGAUACCCGGACCCGAUUCCAUAUGUAGUUACCUGGCGGGGCCUGAUUGAUCGGCUUGAAGGUCCCCUGCCAUGGGUCAAACCUUUCCUCCCUGCCAGGAAAGCCAAACAGACAGGUGGCAUGCCUGAGGUCCUGCAGGGAGGGACUGAUGAAACUGAACUUUUCCCCCCACCAUACUCCCCUAGGGCACAACCGACGGUGCAGCCGACAGCACCACCACCAGAGCCAGCUUUGGCCCUACAACCCCCACGGGUUGCCCUCCCUCUGAGGCCGGCGGGACCCCCAGAUGAGGACGGGAAUCAGCCCUUCCAUUACUGGCCAUUUGCCACUAGUGAUCUCUAUAAUUGGAAGGCACAGAAUGUCCCUUUCUCUAAAGACCCCCAAGACUUAAUUAACCUUUUAGAGACUGUUCUUUUCACGCACCAGCCCACCUUUGACGAUUGCCAGUAACUCCUGGGCAUCCUCUUCACCAUUGAAGAGAGGAGACGGAUCCUGGAACACGCCCGAAAGCUUGUCCCCGGGCCUACUGGAGACCCCCUGACUGAUCCGGCUGUUAUAACUGCUGCUUUCCCUUCUACCCGCCCCAACUGGGACUAUAACGCGGCGGAAGGUAAGGAGAGUCUCCGAGUUUAUCGCCAGGCUCUGUUGGCGGGUCUCAAAGCAGCGGCACGAAAGCCGACAAAUAUGGCCAAAGUCUAUGAUAUAAGACAGGGAGUGGACGAGAGUCUGGCUGCCUAUUUAGAAAGGUUAAUGACCGCCUUUAAACAAUACACCCCGUAUGAUCCUGAGUCACCGAUGACAACACAGGCGGUCAUACUAGCCUACAUAAACCAGGCAGCACCAGAUAUUAGAAAAAAGUUGCAGUCAUUAGACAGACUAGAAGAAAGAAACCUCAGGGAGCUAGUAGCUAGUAGCGGUGCGGAAAAGGUAUAUAACAAGAGAGAGACAGAGGAGCAGAAGGAAGAAAGGAAAGAGAAACAAAGGCAACAAAGAGAGGAUAGACGAGAUAUGAGGCAGGAAAGGAAUCUAACUAAACUGUUAGAACAACAGCAGGCACAAUUGGAGAGAGUCCUGUUGGCAACUGAGAAAGGAAUUCUUAGAGGAGCUGGAACGCCCCAACCCAAGCCAAAACCCAAGGUAGGAAGAAACCAAUGUGCGUAUUGCAGGGAAGAAGGACACUGGGUCAGGAAUUGCCCCAAGAAGAAAAAGGUACCGCAUGUCCCAACGCUAGCAACCACUCUGGAAGAAGAAAGUGACUAGGGGGGACGGGGCUCAGCACCCCUCCCUGAGCCCAGGGUAACCUUAAAGGUGGAGGGGAAGCCAAUCCAAUUUAUGGUAGACACAGGAGCUGAGAGUUCGGUCCUCCUGGCCCCUGCUGGACCCCUGUCCUCAAAACGAACCUGGGUACAGGGAGCCCCAGGAACUAAGUCGUAUUCAUGGACUACUCAAAGAACUGUGGACUUAGGCAUGGGGAAAGUAACCCAUUCCUUCCUGGUGAUACCAGAAUGCCCAUAUCCCUUGCUUGGGAGAGAUCUCCUGUCUAAAAUGAGAGCUCAAAUUCAUUUCUCAGACGAGGGAGCUUGGCUAAUGGACCAAAAACGGAGGCCGAUACAAGUACUCCUGACAACUGACCUAGUCGAGGAAUACAGGCUCCACCUAGAACCUGAGGCUCCCGGGCAAGAAAUUCAGGCUUGGCUCCAAAAAUUUCCCCUAGCUUGGGCAGAAACUGGGGGAAUGGGACUAGCGAAGCAUAGGCCUCAGGUCUAUGUAGAGAUCAAAUCAGAUGCUGAUCCAGUCAAAGUCCGCCGGUACCCCAUGUCCCUAGAAGCAAAGAAGGGAAUAACACCUCAUAUAAGGAGGCUUCUGAGUUUGGGAGUCCUGCGACCAAUUCAGUCCGCAUGGAACACUCCUUUGUUGCCAGUCAAGAAACCCCACACAGGGGACUACAGGCCAGUCCAGGACUUAAGGGAAGUGAACAAGAGAGUGGUGGAUAUUCAC